UGACGGAAGAAUGGAGUUCCCAGACCAUAGCCGCCAGUUGCUGCAGUGCCUGAGUCAGCAGCGUCACCAAGGUUUCCUCUGUGACUGCACUGUUCUCGUAGGGGAUGCGCGAUUCAAAGCACACAGAGCCGUGCUGGCCUCAUGCAGCAUGUACUUCCAUCUCUUCUACAGGGACCAGCCAGACAAAAGGGACGUUGUGCAUCUGAACAGUGACAUUGUGACAGCCCCGGCUUUCAGUCUGCUCCUUGAGUUUAUGUAUGAGGGGAAGCUGGAAUUCAACACUCUGCCAGUGGAGGAUGUCCUGGCUGCGGCCAGUUACCUUCACAUGUAUGAUAUAGUGAAAGUGUGCAAAAGCAAGUUGAAAGAUAAGGAACUGUGCUACCUGGAUGAGAAGGUUAGCGAGGUGAUAGCACUGAGCUGUCUGGAAAAGGAGAGCUCCUCAGACAGCGAGCUGCAGAGCAAGCAGCCAGGUCCAGGCCGGCGACAGACACAGCAGCUGCCCCAGAGAGCCCCCCCGGCAGAGGAGUUUGACAUGGACAACAGCAAAGUCAGGCUGGCUGUCACAGAUUGUGAUAGGUCUGCACAGAGCAGGCAGAAGGCAAACGGUCACCCUGGCAGGUCCCCGGACCUUGUAGGUGUCAAUUAUGUGUCAGCAGAGGCCGAGCCCUGUGUCCAAACAGCUGGAAAAACAAAAGCUGAUGUCAGUAGUUGCACAGUAUUGCUGUCCCAGAGGUCCCGGGCUUCAGUUGACAUGGACUGUGCUCUGGAUUUGUCUUUCAAGCCACUGUCUAGCAGAGAUCCCAUACACCCCACCUACAUCUCGGGACAGCUGGCCCUCGACAGCCAGCAGCAGGGCACUGAGCCACUUGUUAAAGAUGAACACGACUUGCUGUCAGAGCAGGAGGACAGUGAGGCGAUGAGCCCGGAGAGCCAGCGCUUUGGGAAUAGUGCCAGGAGCUCAGUGGUGACAGGGUUCGCUGCCCUCUUCCCAGGCAACAACGGCUCCACAUCGAGGAGGGGGAGGCUGUUGGGGGACAGUGAGGAGGAGGACGACCUGGCCUCUUCAGACAUCUCCACCUCCAGUGGGGUCCUGCUGCCCCCGGGGCAACAGGUGUGUGUGUGUCCACUCUGCAGCAAGGUGUUCCCCAGUCCCCAUGUGCUCCAACUGCACCUCAGCUCGCAUUUCCGCGAGAAGGACGGGGCACGCUCCAAGCUCUCCCCUGACGGUUCUGUUCCCACCUGCUCACAGUGUGGCAAGACCUUCUCCUGCAUGUAUACCUUGAAGCGGCACGAGCGCACACACUCUGGUGAGAAACCAUACACCUGUGGCCAGUGCGGCAAGAGCUUCCAGUACUCUCAUAACUUGAGCCGGCAUGCCGUGGUUCACACACGUGAGAAGCCUCACGCCUGCAAGUGGUGUGAGCGCCGCUUCACCCAGUCUGGGGACCUGUACCGCCACAUCCGCAAGUUCCACUGUGGCCUUGUCAAGACCCUCGCCAUUGGAUAAACCCCUCUCACCAGUGCCAUGAAAUAAGACCGAGUAACGUCUUAUCACUCCCUGAGUACUACUACUGCAUAUACCUCCACAGUAAAGUACUAGUUAUACAUAUUCACAAAUUGUUAAAGACAUAUCCUUUUGGAAUUCUAAUCCAUGUGGCAUUUCUUAAGUUAAAGUGUAGAAACUUUAUAAUGCACAAAACUGGACUUCACUGGAAGGAUGUUGGACUUUAUCAUUUUGUUUUACAAUAAUAAGAUGGGGUGUUUUUCCACUCAAGCUGGAUAUAUGUUGAAGGUGGACAAAUCAGUUGCACUUGUUUAUUUCUGUCUGUCUUGGUAGUGCAAAACUGCUGAACUUGAUGAAGUGUAUUCUGCUAAUAGAAACACAUUUCUACGCAUAUAUCUGCAAGUGAAUUACAGCGCACACUCCUGAAUGGAUUAACAUUUGGUUAGUGCACAUGUGGAAGUGGAAACUAAAACUGCCCAAGAGUAGCAAUCUAUUUUAUAUCCAACCUUAUUUAUUAGUCAACCUGCUUAACAGGAAGAAAUAUCACAAGGCAGUGAAAAAAUACUUGAAGUUGGACUACUGGAUAUUUUUUUUGGGGUAGCUAGUAUUGUCGUUUUCUUUAUGGUAGGAAUGAAGCAGACAUCAUGAUGUUUCUUUAUAAUAGAGGAUGAAAAUAAAUACAGGAGUUGCAAGGGUUUUUCAUAUAGUAAGAUGGAGCAUGUCCUGAAGGAAUUAUGUUUUUGCUGCACUGGCCUUUCAAUGUUCAAUGUUCAGGCUGCAGUAUGAACAUUUAGAAGUGAAUUGUUUUGUCACCUUUAUGCUCUAGCAUAUACAGGUUGGGUAGUAAUUACUAAAGAUUGCAGCUAAUGCCUGUAACACUGGUGCCUACUGAAAUGAUUGACACUCCUGUUCUCAUACAAGCAUAGGACCUGUUGCCUUCAAUACAACUAAUCUGUGGGCCUUCAAAAAUGUGAUCAGCACUUUCCCUUUACAGUGCCUUAAUACCAGGAAGUAACUUGGUCACUCAGUGAUAGCCCUUGGCACUUGUAUGCCAAUUGAUUCAUGAGUGUACAUACAAUAAUGUAAUACAUGUGGUUUAAAAUCAAGCUCUUUAUUAAUUAACAAUUGUUGACUUAUAUUUAGAAAGUUCAAUUUCUGGGUUAUUUGUCUGUAUUACAGCACUGUAAAAGAAAGGGUAACCACGUUUGCAUAUUCCUUUGCUGUCCAUAUAAUAAUGCUGGAGACAUGCCCUGAUAGACAGGGCAGAGAGUGGGAGAGAUGGUCAAAGUAUACUCUCGGUGUGCCUCAGUGCUUCUCUGAGGAGAUGGUGUCCUGUGGAUGUCUUGUUGCCACACUGUCCAUUCAUCAGAACACGUAGCUCAAAAUGCUAAAUCUACUGAGUUCAUUUUGCCCCUUGUGGUUGCUCUUAUAAAGUAUCCUAUCUAUUGUUCUGUUCAUGUUGAAGUACUACUGAUGUCUGAUUUAAUGUUUGAGUGAAUCCUUUGGUGGAACUUUGCUUGACAGAAUCUUUGGACAGAAUGUGGAUUUAAUGGGCCUGUUGUGUGUUGGAAAGAUUUCAUUGUGGUUGGGUUCAUUUUGAUGCUAUACAUAUGAUUCCUACAAGGUGAGUAGCACUAAAAGUCCAAGAUAAAGGUUUCAUCUGUCCUGAGAAGACUUGAUCUGAAGGAUUUAUUCGUUUAACUUGGUUCAGGGUUUACUUUAGGUGUGACCUAUAAAGAUGAGCUGAUUUCUCUAAGCUUAGAGACUUUUGAUGCCUUGUCAUCUUGGUACUAUGGAAUUGAUAUUGGGGUCGUUUAUUCAUUUCUGCAAUCCUGUUACUGUAAAGAAAUGGUCUGUUAAUGUAUCUUACACAGAAAUCUUAAAUUGCGUAUUCUCACCGAAGCACUUGUUUUGAGCAUGCAUAUAGUUUCAACACUGAUAUUGUCUAGGCUGCUAUUUCUUACUAUUUGUAUAUUUAAUGUAAAUAUAUAUUAUAUUUAUCAGUAUGUAUGCUGUUUCUCUGUAUUAGAAGAACACGGUAGAGUUGAUUAUCAAGGUGUUUUACUAAGGCUUCAAUCUCUUAGGUAAGAGUUUCAUGUCUUCCCUCCCACCGUGAUUUGGGUUUCCUUUUCCUGUCUCACUCCAGUGAACUUGGCUUCCUUUUCAGAUGUAAUGUCUCACAGGCCAUGUCUUCACUCCAGAACAAAACAGGGAGUAAUACUGCUAUGACUGCUGUUCCGGCAGAGGAAGCAGUUGUUCACAAGAACAAACACACCGAUAUGGUGUAGAAUAUCUAUAGAAGUCAUACAAUACAAGCAUUGUUCUCCUGUCCCAGGUAGUUCUCAAGGGAUCAUUGUGCAUGUCUGCCCUCACUGUGGGGGGAAAAAAGGCACCAUGAGUCUCUCUUUGCACUUUUUGUAUUGAAUGGAGCCGUUGGAAUGCGAGAAAUGUAUUAGGCAAAGGGAGACCUGGAAGACGGUAAACAGGUGCAUUGUCUGGAGGCAUCGAAGAACAGCCCUCGAUUCCCAGCAUGCAUUAGAUAAGUGCUUCAUUGUUCUUUUAUGUGGAGAGGAUACUACAGUGACUCCAUAGCGUCUUUAGCAACACAAUCACUAUAAUUGUAAGAGUAUUUCUCUUUUCAAGUGUUGGUGUUGCCUGAUUUUCAAGAACCUUUUUGAGAUGAGGUAUCGCAACACUGAUUCAUCUGAACUUUAGUAUGUAGGUAGUAUUUAUUAACAUCCAAUUAUGUACCCAUCCUCCCCCUGGAAUGAGUUUCCCAAUAUUUCAUGAAGCUGUUUCUUUUUUUUUAGAUGUCCUGUAGUGUUCAAUUUGUGGUAUUUCAAUCGAAACACAGGAAUGUAGUUUGUUGCAUAUUUUCUCACUCUUUUGAAAGGAACAUUUCUUAUGUGAUGCAGUUGAAACAUUGUAUUGUUUUCUCUAAUGUACACAUGUAGUUGUACAGGCUUAGAAAACUAACAGUAAAUUCUUUUUUUGAUGGUUUCUCAGUCAUUAUUUAUAUCUCCAGGAUUGUUACAGAAUGUGCCUUGUAGAAACACAGACAAGUGUUGCAUCUGGAGUUGCCCCUUUCAUACAUUUGCUACAGACUUCUGUGAUGAUAUUCAGGCUAUACAAUUUUUAUUUCAAAAUGUCGACUCGGCCUGUUUUCUGCUGCUUUUAGAGAUGAGUUUCAGGGCUGGAGUUUUGCUACUGUUAAAUGAAUUACUCUUUUGUAAAGGUUUUUAAUCUGGAAUUCAAUUUAAUGUUAAGCAAACUGAAUGCAAGUAUUUUUGUUUGGCUCUAAGUUAAGUCCAUGUUUGGGAAUGAACCUAAUUGUUUUCCAUAGAUGUCAUGUUUAAUGUGAAACACAGAGAUAGUUAUGACGAAUGAAAACUAAUGCUCCUGAUCAGUGGGGGUUCUGUUUUUCUAAUUCAUGCUGUAGAAUUUAAGUCUAAAACUGAGUAUUGGGUUACAUUAAUACUGGAAUUAGUGUAUUUGGCAGGUUAAGACUGUGAAAUUGUGUACAAUCAUGAGAAAUAUUUAUUGAAUUGUUUCUUGUGCAACAUUUUGACUCAAUUAUUUGAUUUGUAAAAUGAAAGAUGCUGAUAAAUGUCAAUGGUAAUAUUAGAAUUUGUAGAAGUGCCAUUAGAAUUUAAUAUAAUUUUUUAAUAAGAAAGUUAUAUUUUAUAGUAAUCAAUUGCUUCUGUGUUAGUGGUUUAAAGAUUAGGGGUCAAUCUUAUUCAGAAUUGACAUUGUGUAGAACUUGAUGCAAUUUAUUUUGAUCUGUAAUUGUAUGUGCUUUUUUGUGUGUUUUGUUUGUGCUUUCAGAGAGUGUGUGCGUGCUGUGGAGAUGUGACAAUCUUGAGUUAGGUCUUUAUUAAGAUUAUGCAUAGAUUAAACAGGAUACUUUUCUGUG